ACCUUGUCUAUCAUUGGCAAAUGCACCCUGAAUCCUUGAAUCUCGGACCCGAAUUGAAUUGGGCCCUGGGGGGAGGAAAGUUUCUUUCCCAUCGUGACAAGUCAGUCUGUCCACCUCAUCCUCAUCUGGAGCUCAGCCGGGCGCUUGCAUUCCCUGACCACUUUCGCUGCCCUCUUCAAUCCUAUUAUCAUUUAUUCAAUCUCGUUCAAUCUCGUCUUAUUGUUUUGUCGUAUUCUGUCUUGUCUAUUGUUUAUUUACUGUCUCAUACCAAGGGAUAGAAUAUAGAACACCCCAAUGAGAAUGACGUCAAUCAAACAACAGUGAACCCCAAAUUUCAUUUCCUAAAUGCCUCUACUUCCAGGGGAGGCUGGAGCAAGGGACAUCGCUAGUCACCGAAGAGGAAAUGGAUUUCCGUUGAUCAGAUCCAAACUAUUCCCAGUUGAUGCGACCGGGUCCACAGGACAAGUCCCACGAUCCCCCAGUCCUCUGAGCAUGAUCCUCUCCAGCCACCGUCUAUGGAUUUGUUUGCGUGUUGGAUGAUUUCCAAAUACAUCUCUCUCCCGACCCAUAUCUCUACAUCGGAAGGACGGUGGAUGUCGCCACAAUUGUCUUGUCUUGUUCAUGGGACGGUGGUAUUUGCAGCCCGUGUCUCCACCACGGCGGCACCGAUCGUCUGAAUGCAGAUCUUGGACACGAC